GUCGGUUGAGGAAAUCAUCACCCGAGGACGUAAACCCUCCCGCCCCUCUUUCAGCUCUUAAAAAAAAAGCCUGCUACAAAAUUCCCUACUGCGUUGCUGUGAACGUAGCUUUGAGAAGCUGGCGCCCAGUGAUGGGGCAAAAAGCCAGGCCCUUCCAGCAGCCGUGAAAGCCCCAACAGCAAACUGCCUGGGAGCAGGGUAGGUCACCAACUUCGUUGCUAGAACUCCCUGGGUGCCCGCCGCGGUGGCUACAAAGAGGGUCGGGGUGCCGGACCCAGCCGCCCGGAGCCCACCAUUACGGCCCGAGGGGGGCCCGACGGUGUGGCGUGGCGCAAGGAGCGAGCCUGCCUUCUCUCGCCGCCAGGAACGGGCCACACCGAUGGCCAGAUUCCAGCAAGAUUAUGGAAGAGCAUAGCUACAUACAAAAGGAGCUAGAGUUAGAAAAUGGUAGCUUAGAGGAAGACUCCGUGGUGCAUUCUGUUGAGAACGAUUUCCAAAACAUGAUGGAGAGCCUCAGCCCAAAGAAAUACUCUUCCAGUCUGAGAUUUAAAGCCAAUGGAGACUAUUCUGGCUCCUAUUUAACCCUCUCACAACCUGUGCCUGCAAAGAGAAGCCCUUCUCCUUUGGGAACCAGUGUGAAAAGCAGCCCCUCCUUAGCCAAAAUCCAGGGAAGCAAGCAGUUCUCUUAUGAUGGAACUGACAAAAAUAUUGCUAUGAAACCUCCAACUCCUUUACUCAGCACUACAUCCUCCCUCAGUGGAUAUCCACUUGGAAGAGCAGACUUUGAUCAUUAUACUGGCCGGGACAGUGAAAGGGCCUUGAGGCUCUCAGAGAAGCCUCCGUAUUCCAAGUAUAGCUCAAGGAAUAAAUCGCAUGACAAUGUCUACUUUCUCGGAGGGCUGGAAGGUCAGAAGGCAUCUGGCUCGCUCCUGGCCAUGUGGAAUGGAAGUUCCCUGAGUGAUGCUGGCCCCCCUCCUAUCAGCAGAUCGGGAGCUGCAAGCAUGCCUUCAAGCCCAAAGCAAGCCAGGAAAAUGAGCAUUCAGGACAGCCUGACGCUUCAACCCAAGUUAACUAGACACAAGGAGCUUGCAUCUGAAAACAUCAAUUUGAGAACUAGAAAGUACUCCAGCAGCAGCCUGAGUCACAUGGGAGCCUACAGCCGAUCACUUCCCAGGUUGUACAAAGCCACAGAGAACCAGCUGACACCUCUCAGCUUGCCUCCAAGAAACUCUCUGGGCAAUUCCAAACGAACAAAACUUGGGGAAAAGGAUCUACCUCAUAGCAUAAUAGACAAUGACAAUUACCUUAAUUUUUCUUCUUUGAGCUCAGGGGCUUUACCCUAUAAAACCUCUGCUUCUGAAGGCAAUCCUUAUGUAAGUUCUACCCUCAGUGUCCCUGCCAGUCCUCGAGUGGCUCGGAAGAUGCUUCUGGCCUCCACCUCCUCCUGCGCCUCUGAUGACUUUGAUCGGGCUUCAUACGUGGGGACAAACCCGAGUCAUUCACUUCUUGCUGGAGAGUCAGACAGAGUGUUUGCGACCAGGAGGAACUUCUCUUGUGGAUCUGUGGAAUUUGAUGAGGCUGAUUUGGAAAGCCUCAGACAGACCUCAGGAACCCCCCAGCCUGUCCUUCGGGAACGGAAAAGCAGCAUUAGCUCCAUUUCAGGACGUGAUGACCUGAUGGAUUAUCACCGGCGGCAGAGGGAGGAAAGACUGAGGGAGCAGGAGAUGGAGCGAUUGGAGAGACAGCGUCUGGAAACCAUCCUCAGUCUCUGUGCUGAAUACACAAAGCCUGACAGUCGCUUAUCUACUGGGACCACUGUGGCAGAUGUGCAGAAAAUCAACAAGGAGCUUGAGAAGCUGCAGCUCUCUGAUGAGGAGUCGGUGUUUGAAGAAGCCCUCCUGAGCCCUGACACAAGAUACAGGUGCCACCGGAAAGACUCUCUCCCUGAUGCAGACUUGGCAAGCUGUGGGAGUCUCACUCAGAGCAGUGCCAGCUUCUUUACCCCCAGGAGCACCAGGAAUGAUGAACUACUACUCAGCGACCUCACCCGGACUCCGCCACCACCAUCCUCCACCUUUCCGAAAGCUUCCAGCGAAUCCUCUUAUCUAAGUAUCCUACCAAAGACCCCAGAGGGUAUAAGUGAAGAACAGAGAUCUCAGGAGUUGGCUGCGAUGGAAGAAACCCGGAUGGUCAUUCUGAACAACCUCGAGGAACUUAAACAAAAAAUCAAAGACAUAAAUGAUCAGAUGGAUGAAUCUUACAGAGAGUUGGAUAUGGAAUGUGCUCUUUUGGAUGGAGAACAGAAAUCUGAAACAACUGAACUUAUGAAGGAGAAGGAGAUUUUGGAUCAUCUAAACCGGAAAAUAGCUGAACUGGAAAAGAACAUUGUUGGUGAAAAGACCAAGGAGAAGGUAAAGCUUGAUGCUGAAAGGGAAAAACUAGAGAGGCUUCAGGAGCUUUACUCCGAGCAGAAGACCCAGCUGGACAAUUGUCCUGAGUCCAUGAGGGAACAGUUACAACAACAACUGAAGAGGGAUGCUGACCUGUUGGAUGUUGAAAGCAAACACUUUGAAGACCUGGAGUUCCAGCAGCUUGAACAUGAGAGCCGUCUAGAUGAAGAAAAGGAGAACUUGACUCAACAGCUCCUGCGUGAAGUUGCUGAAUAUCAACGGAACAUCGUUUCUAGAAAGGAAAAAAUUUCUGCAUUGAAAAAGCAAGCCAAUCACAUUGUUCAGCAGGCUCAGAGAGAACAAGAUCAUUUUGUGAAAGAAAAGAAUAAUUUAAUAAUGAUGUUACAAAGAGAAAAGGAGAAUCUUUGUAAUUUGGAAAAGAAAUACUCCAGCCUCUCUGGGGGGAAAGGGUUUCCCGUUAACCCCAAUACUUUAAAAGAGGGCUAUAUCAGUGUAAAUGAGAUUAAUGAGCCAUGUGGCAAUUCCACGAAUCUAUCCCCUUCCACUCAGUUUCCUGCUGAUGCUGAUGCUGUUGCCACUGAGCCUGCCACAGCUGUGCUGGCGAGCCAGCCUCAGAGUAAAGAGCACUUUAGAAGUCUGGAAGAAAGGAAAAAACAGCAUAAAGAAGGCCUCUAUCUGAGUGAUACUUUGCCUCGAAAGAAAACCACAACUUCCAUCUCCCCACAUUUCAGCAGUGCUACUAUGGGGAGAAGCAUCACCCCAAAGGCCCACGUGCCCCUGGGACAGAGUAACAGCUGUGGAAGUGUGCUCCCUCCCUCACUGGCAGCCAUGGCCAAAGACUCAGAAUCUCGCAGGAUGCUCAGAGGUUAUAAUCACCAACAGAUGAGUGAAGGACACAGGCAGAAAUCUGAAUUUUACAACCGCACAGCAUCUGAAUCAAAUGUCUACUUGAAUAGUUUCCAUUAUCCAGAUCACAGCUACAAGGACCAGGCCUUUGAUACUUUGAGCCUAGAUAGCUCUGAUAGCAUGGAGACCAGCAUCUCUGCUUGCUCACCUGACAACAUCUCUAGUGCCAGCACUUCAAAUAUUGCUAGAAUAGAAGAAAUGGAGAGACUUUUGAAGCAGGCUCAUGCAGAAAGGACGCGGCUGCUCGAAUCCAGGGAACGGGAAAUGGAAGCCAAAAAACGAGCCCUAGAAGAAGAAAAACGACGCCGGGAAAUCCUGGAAAAACGAUUACAGGAAGAAACUAGCCAGAGGCAGAAGUUAAUAGAAAAGGAAGUAAAAAUAAGGGAGAAACAAAGGGCACAGGCUCGUCCUUUGACACGCUACCUGCCUGUCCGGAAGGAAGACUUUGAUUUGCGGAGCCAUGUAGAGACUGCUGGCCACAAUAUUGACACCUGUUACCAUGUAUCAAUCACAGAGAAGACCUGCCGAGGAUUCCUCAUCAAAAUGGGUGGGAAAAUUAAAACGUGGAAAAAACGUUGGUUUGUUUUUGAUCGGAACAAGCGAACAUUCUCUUAUUAUGCAGACAAGCAUGAAACUAAAUUGAAAGGAGUAAUAUACUUUCAAGCCAUUGAAGAAGUGUAUUAUGAUCACCUCAAGAAUGCUAAUAAGAGUCCUAAUCCGUUACUCACCUUUAGCGUCAAGACUCAUGACAGAAUCUAUUAUAUGGUGGCCCCAUCGCCAGAAGCCAUGCGGAUCUGGAUGGAUGUUAUAGUUACGGGGGCAGAAGGUUACACUCACUUCUUGUUGUAGUGAACUGAGGCAACAGUUCACUUCAGGGCAAACUGCAAUAAUCUCUUACAAGAAUGAAGCCAUAUUCAACCCCGGAUGAGAAAACCCAACAGAUCCAUCCCUUGAACUGUAAACACUCAGAACUCCUUUCAUAUCAAGACAAGUUAUUUGUAAAAAAGAAAGAAGGGGUUUUAACACAAACCUUGAUAACAAAUAGCAAAAGAAUUGAAGCUUUCAUGAGAAA